AUGGAUACGCUCCUGACUGGGGCCCGGACAGUCCUGACGGCGGCAGGAAUGUCCGACCGGACGGUCCUGACUAGGCGGGACUGUCCGGCCGGACAGUCCGGACGGCGGACGCUCCUGACUGCCACACCGCUACUUUUGAUGUAUUAUGCUGGAGAAAAUAUCCCACGGACCGGAAAAAUUAAGCGGACUGGCACCGGUUUGCGGACCACGGGCUGGGGUACACUGAUCUACAUUGUACCACAUUUACCCGAGUACCACAUGCACAGAAUGAUACCGGAUUACGCCAGUUUCGUGCCGGGCUGCGCCCCGUCUGGCCCGCGGUCCCUUGCGGCCUUGACGGUGGACCCCGUGGCGUCCAGCAUGGUGGACGUCUUGACGACCAUUUUCUCGAGCCUCCGCACUGCGUUCCUCGGCGUCAUUCCCGUCAAUCUUUCCAAGGCGUCGAAAAAGUCGAUGAAGAAGGGCGUGAGUGUCGUGGAUCCUUCCUCGCCGCAUCCGUACAUCGUUAGCAAGCCUGGGUCUGCGCAGAACGGCGGGGAACCGGCGGCGAAACGGAACACGAAGGGAUGUGAACCAGUUAAUCAUGUUCCCAUUGAAAUAUAUUGGAAAUCGUGA